AUGAACCGCUUCAAUGGGCUCUGCAAGGUGUGUUCGGAGAGACGCUACCGCCAGAUUACCAUCCCAAGGGGGAAGGACGGCUUUGGCUUCACCAUCUGCUGCGACUCUCCAGUCCGAGUCCAGGCUGUGGAUUCAGGGGGCCCGGCAGAGCAGGCAGGGCUGCAGCAGCUGGACACAGUGCUGCAACUGAACCAGAGGCCUGUGGAGCACUGGAAAUGCGUGGAGCUGGCACAUGAGAUCCGGAGCUGCCCCGGCGAGAUCAUUCUGCUCGUGUGGCGCAUGGUCCCCCAGGUCAAGCCGGGACCAGAUGGCGGGGUGCUGCGGCGGGCCUCCUGCAAAUCAACACAUGACCUCCAGUCACCCCCCAACAAGCGGGAGAAGAACUGCACGCACGGGGCCCAGGCCCGGCCCGAGCAACGCCACAGCUGCCACUUGGUGUGUGACAGCUCGGAUGGGCUGCUGCUUGGUGGCUGGGAGCGCUACACCGAGGUGGCCAAGCAUGGGAGCCAGCAUACCCUGCCUGCCCUGUCUCGUGCCACUGCCCCCACUGACCCCAACUACAUCAUCCUGGCCCCGCUGAACCCUGGGAGCCAGCUGCUGAGGCCCGUGUACCAGGAGGACACCAUCCCCGAAGAAUCAGGAAGUCCAAGUAAAGGGAAGUCCCACACGGGCCUGGGGAAGAAGUCUCGGUUGAUGAAGACGGUGCAGACCAUGAAGGGCCAUGGGAACUACCAGAACUGCACAGUCAUGAGGCCGCACACCCCGCACUCAAGCUAUGGCACCUAUGUCACCCUGGCCCCCAAGGUCCUGGUGUUCCCGGUCUUCGUUCAGCCCUUAGAUCUCUGUAACCCUGCCCGGACCCUCCUGUUGUCAGAGGAGCUGCUGCUGUACGAGGGGAGGAACAAGGCUGCCGAGGUGACGCUGUUUGCCUACUCGGACCUGCUGCUGUUCACGAAGGAGGACGAACCAGGCCGCUGCAACGUCCUGAGGAACCCUCUCUACCUCCAGAGUGUGAAGCUGCAGGAAGGUUCUUCCGAAGAUCUGAAAUUCUGUGUGCUGUACCUCGCAGAGAAGGCAGAGUGCUUAUUCACUUUGGAAGCGCACUCGCAGGAGCAGAAGAAGAGAGUGUGCUGGUGUCUGUCGGAGAACAUCGCUAAGCAGCAACAGCUGGCAGCCUCACCCCCGGGGAGCAAGAAACUCCACCCUUACGGCUCUCUCCAGCAGGAGAUGGGGCCAGUCAACUCAACCAAUGCCACCCAGGAUAGAAGCUUUACCUCAUCAGGACAAACUCUGAUUGGCUGAGCAAACCCAAGGGCAGGACUCUGCUUCUGGCAACUUAACCCUUUCUUGGGCAUCCCCCUACCACACAGUAACAUCACCUCAACUGGACCCAAAAUGGAGGACCAAGAUGGUGGGCCCAGGGCCAUCUGAAAGGAGUGGCCCAGGGGUGUGUGUGGACUGGCAUCAAAAGGACCACAGUAGUGUGAGAGGCCCUAUGGGCAUGUGCAGACUGGCAUCAUAGAGUCUUAAAUGGAGAAGACUCAGAAUCUUAUCCCUUCAAGGAAGAAGGAGGGGAAAUGGCAACUGGGCUUCCAGGUGGUUCCAGCACCUGCUUUGGAGGCCACAGGAGAGGUUGGGAGAGGCCACCCCUGAUGGAGAACAGCACCAUGAUCUGCUGCCACCAGAAGACCUAUCUACCCACUCACUAAUUUUUCAUCUGUACUUAUUCAAUCAUUCGUUCAACGGAUAUUCUGGGAGCAACUACCUUGUGCCAGGCGCUGUGCUAGUAGCAGGGGAUAUUGUGGAGUAAAUGACGUACAUGGUCUCUGCCAUCAUCGAGAUUCCAGUCCUAGUAAGGGAGUGAGCCAUUAAAUAAAUAACACCAACACACACACACACACACACACACACACCCUCACGAUUACAAACUGUGAUAAUCUACAAAGGAAAAGAACAGAUUUCCUCUAAGAGAGAAUAUUAUUCAGAUUGCUAUGUGUGCGUGUAUGUGUGUUUGGGGGGGAGGGGACAAGGCUUCUCAGAGAACGUGAUUUUUAAGCUGACAUCUGCAGAGCAGAAAGGUUAGAUAGUCAAGGACUUUUGGAAGAGUGUUCCAGAUAAAUGGAACAGCAUGUAACAAGUACCUAAGGUGCGCAGGAGCCUGGAGUGCUGGGGGACCAGACAAGGCCAGUGUGGCUGAGCUUCGUGAGAAGGAAGACCAGGUGGGUGGGGGCCAGAUCAUCAAGGCUUUGGCAGCGAAGCCUUUACUGAUUUCAUUCUAGUGAGAAGCCACUGAAGGCUUUUGAGAAAGGAAGUCGUAGAGUCUCAGGUACAUUUCUAGAAGAUCAGAGAGCAGAUAGGAGAGGCCCAGAUGGGCGUGAGAAGACCAGUUAAGAGGCCCUUUCAGUCUUCCAGGUGCGGGGUGAUGGUAGCCUGUCUUGGAGUGGUGGCUGGAUUGGUGGGUCUGUGAAUGCCCAGGCCCUAGGGUAUGGAGAAGGCUCUGGGACGAGAAGAGAUGAUUCCUUGUCUCCCCCACCUUGCCCUCAUUCUCCACCGUUGUCUUGCUCUCUCAGUGGGUGUUAGUGAGGAUUCAGUCCUCCCUCACAGAGCCCCUCCCUGCCCAAGCCUGGGCUAGGGGCAAGUCCUGAGUUCUGUGAGUGUCCCUGGGAGUUGGGAGCAGUGGGUGCUCAGACCAGCCAAGGUGAGAAAGUCCCCAGCCCCACAGACCUUAGCAGAGGUUGCUGUGCUGUCCCUCCAUCCUAUGCUGAGUUGUCUUGUAGGAAGCUUGUAGACAGUGCUCUGGAAAUUGACUUGGGUUUGCUUUCUGCAGGACUCCUAAAGGUCAGUGACUUGGCCUGGGUGUGGCUCAGCAGCUCUAGUGAGACUGUCAUACCACAAGGCUAAAGGAAGAGCUACCAAGGGGAUGGUGAUUGGAACCCAGGCACUCACUGCCUACUGUACCCCCAGCUGGUGCUCAGGGGUCGGCAGCUCUCACGCUCUUUCCCAAUUGCCAAGACCGAGAGGGUGGGAAGCCUGAAGCUGCUGCUUGAGUGGCAUGGCUCAUGCACAAAAGGGUGUCUGUAGGAUCAGUGUCACCUGCAUAGGAAAAGGAGGUCAGAGAGGCUAGAGAGAUGGCUUAGGUCAGAGGAGCCCCCCAACCUCAGACGCUCUUUGCUUUGUGUCCUGUAAGACUUCUCAGUGUCUUUAGAGAAGAGUUCCUGUGCCUUUGUGAGUUUGUUCAGCUGCUGUGGCCACUUAAACCCCAGGAAGAACGGCCCAGAAGAGAAUACAUCCCCUGCCCCUGCUUACCCUUCUCCCAACCUAGGAAAGAUCAGACAUAUCGUAUCAGCAGCCUAACAGGGCACGGGAUGUGUCUGCCUGUGAUCAGGCUAAUGCCCCGGCCCAGCAGGGGAAUAGACACUGCCUGAAUGGAGACCAGUGAUGCACAGUGUCUCUGUCAGCCAGGGCCCAGCCCGCAGGAUAAUUCUGAGAGGCCGAGUAGCUGGGGCUGCACAGACAGCAAGCUGCACUUUGAUUUCAUUUGAUUCCCAUACAAAAUGACAUUAAGGGGGAUGUGAGGCACAGGAGAAUUGCCUGUCUGGGAAGGCAGCAAGCUUGUCUCUCUCCAACCUGGUGUCCUGCCUCUGCCCACAAGACAGGUACAGAGGACAGGUGGUCUGGCCACAGGGAAAUGGAGAAUUUGAACACAACACCUAGCCCUGGGGACAGGGCUUUCCUCCCAGCUUGUCUGAACAAGCUACAGAGCCGAGUGGCUGCUUCUACCAGGGUCCCAGGCCCACUGGCUGUUGGGGAGGCAGAUGUCAGAUCUGGUGGGUCCUGGGCUGGUUUGACCAGUGACUGUGGUCAGCCACAGCACCAUUGCCUUGAAAAUCAAUGAAAUAAUUAAUUUGGCUACUUGGGCUUGAGAAAAUGAAAUAUGACCUGGUGGCCACUGCUCUUCAACGUCCCAGUCCAUCCCAGCUGUCCAGGAUGAUAAACACACUAUCGAAAUUGCAUUUGAGAGUCAUAAUCACGGGAAGCACUGCCGAGCCCCUCCCCGACACAUAAAUCACACUAAGAGGCACACAAUGGCCUCUUUCCUGAUGGGCCAAUUGUCUUGGUUUGGUGUCUCGGGGCCCAGGAGCUGGGAGGAUGAGAGCACAACCAUUUAUUGUUGAAAAGGCCAUCUGUGCGCUUUGAAUACAAAGCAAUCCUUUUAGUUCCCUGUACACCCUCUGAUCCCAUUUUCAUGUUUUCCUAUGUCUCAGACUCUGUCUGAGUCUGUCCCAUAAGCAGUCAUGCCCAAGUCUCUACUGGCUCUUUGGUUCUUUGGCAAUUAGGACAGCAUGGACCUGUUGGAAAUAAUGAGGACAUUUAUUUAUGUGUGUCUUGUUUUUUCUUUUCUUUUUUCAUUAAUUCCGCCAUCAAAGUCCUCAUUUCUCACACCUGGCACCAAGAGGGUUCUGCAAAGUGAGAGUGCAGGCUCUCGCAGUGUGGGAGGGUUCCCCACAGUGAGGGCCCCAGACACUUGCAUGGGCUUUGGAGAUGGCAACUGGGGUGCCCAGGUGUUAUCUAUCUCCCCUGAGCCUCCCAGCAUUUGUCCAAAGUCACACAGCUGGAAAGAGGCCCUCAAGCCAAGACCUUUCAACCCCAACCAUUGCCCUCUUCAGAUGCAAAGGUUUGCCUUUUAGGGAAGGAAAUAAGAGAAAUCAAUCAUCUCCUCCGGCAAGAGGCAGGAGGAGCGUAUCCGGCGUGUCAGAAGUUGUAGCCUAUAAAGCUCUAGAGGGGAUGCUUUUAGGGUAAAUAAAAUGAGAUGCCUUCUUUAUCCAGUGGAGAAUCAACUUCCAGAAUUCAUUGUUCUGAGAGGCUGGCACAGGCUGAAAAGACAAUAGCUUCACAGAAGGUUUGAAGAAAGUCUAAUAUAAACGACAAGGUUGAGUUCCUCAAGACAGGCUCUCAGUGACCGUCCCUUCCCGUUUUGAGUUUGGCCAUCAAGUGGACCAGCAGACACAUCCUAUGCUUUUCAAAGACAGAAUCCUGAGCUUGGGAUACCAGACAGCAACUGGAAUGUUGGCCAAAGGCAGAAGGUGAUAGCUUCAGGCUCUGCCUGGGUGCCUUAAGCAUAAGUACCAAAGAAGGCCUUUGACCUGAGCCCAUUUCAGGGUGGGGAGAGAACCUGCCUCUGCUGACUCCUCCAGGUUUGGUGCCCAGAUUUUGCUAAUUUGCUGAUUUUCAAUCUCAAGACUAAGUGGACAAGUAGCUGGGAACCAAAUGGACUGGACUUCAGAUAUUCCCCCAAAGAAACAGACUCUUCUCUAAAAAGCUCAACUGUUUUCCAUUCUGCCUCCAGCUUUCCUCCCUCCUUUCUUUUGGCUGCAGGAAGCUGCCUGAUGGUCUGGCUAUACCAUCUUGCCAUUGGUCCUGGCGAUCUUGCUCUUCUUUUUUAGCUUUCAACAAAGACAGUAUAACCUUUCCCUCUGUCCUUACCUUGUAGUGUCUUGACAUUAUCUUCUCCCAAGCCUUACUCUGGAUAGGGGCCUGUUAAAAAAAAAAAAGCUGCUGUUGAGUUGGUUCUGACUCAUAGUAAUCCUAUAGUACAGAGUACAACUGCCCCAUAGGGUUUCCAAGGCUGUAUAUCUUUAGAGAUGCAGACUGCCACAUCUUUCUCCCAAGGAGCAGCUGGUGGGUUUGAACCCCCCCAACCUUUUAGUUAGCAGCCAAAUGCUUAGCCACUGCACCAUCAGGGCUCCUUUGGAUAGAGUCAUCCUCCUCCAAAUUGUUCCCAGAUCCUUGGUUAAAGGUAGAAUGAUAGUACUAGGUAACAUCUGAUGAGCUCUUAUAAGGCAGGCAUGGUGCCAAGAUUUCUACCUACAUUAUUUUGUUUAAUCCUCACUACAACUUUAUUUGUGUUGUUCUCCCCAUUAUACAUUUACUCUCAUUACGCCUGACUCAUAGAUAAAGACACUGAGUCUUAGAGAAGUUAAGAAACUUGCCCAGGAUCACAUAGCCAGUGGGUGGCCAGGAUUGGAACCAAGGCAGCUGGCUCCAAGGUAUUUCAGUCUUCGCAAUGAAACAAGAGUAUAAGUGUGUGGGUUUAUGCAAACAUCAUACCUGGUUAGUAGUCAUGAUGUACACAGAAAACAUAGGUAUACUUGUGGAUCUUAUACAGGAAGGGAUCCUCAUCAGGGUCUGCCAGAUUGGAACCCAGGCAGCUGGUUUCAGCUGCUCUUGACUACUCUGCUAUUCUGCUUCCCCAUAAUCAUGGACUGUUUAAGCUGGGAGGGGCCAGGGAGACUGAGCAGCAUGCUCCCCUUAAGACCGUAGUGGGAGGUCAUUGUCUUCAGAAUAAACCCCAGGCUUUAUCUUGGCUCUCAAAGCUCAUACUAGUCACACUGCACUCCUGCUUGCACCCACUGGCUGGCCACACUGGAUUACUUCCCCUUCUUUAAGCCCACCGUGCACAUUCAUUUUUGGCCUGUCUCUUCUGCCUGACGUUGCCUGCCCUUCUUCACUGUCCCUGCUGGAUGCAGUCCUCCUCAACCUUCGUAACUCAGCCUCACUGGCACCUCCCCUGGGAUACCUUUCUCAGGGAGACAUCAGAGGCCAUUGCUUUCCCCUUUGCAUUUUGUUCAUCCUUAGCACAUUGUGUGAGGCAGAUAUGUCUUUCUUGUAAGACUGUGAGCUCCUUGGUAGCAAGUGAAGAUCAUGUUUUAUUUGUCUUUGAUUCUCUUAUUGCCUGGACAUUAGUAGGUGCUCAGUACAUGUUAUAGUAUUGAACUGGGUCGUCUAGUUCAACCCUUUCAUGUUCUAGAAUCUAGCUGAGGAAACUAGGCUCAGAAAGGGAAAAUGAUCUGUCCAGGGUCAUGGGGCAAGUUAGUGUCAGAGCUGGGACUCAGGUCUCCUGACUCUUGGCUUAGAGAUUUUUCUGUUAUAACUCAACUUUUCAGGGACCUUGGUUUAUUAAGCAAUCUGGCCAGGUUCACUUCGGGGUUAUGGAUACCACCAUAUUUCUGUGCUGAUUCCUGGGCAUCCUGGAGGGAAAGGAGGCCUGAUCAGAACCACUCCUACGAGCCUCUCCCACAGGUUAGUGAGAUUCCUCUCCCCUGAGCCCCAGUCCUUCAGAAAACAAGAAUAAGAUUCUGAAGAUCUUGGUUCAAAUCCUGAUUUUCUUGUAACUCACGUUUGACCUUGAGCAAAGCACUUCACCUCUCUGAUCAUUAGUUUCUUUACCAAUAAAAAUGAGGAAGUUGAAUUAGAUAUGACCUCUGGAAGUUAUCUAAAAUGUUAGAAGACAAAGAUGAAUAUAAAGUAGUUACUCCCCUCAGAAAGGGUGAAGACCCUGAUCUAGGGCAAGAAUUGGCUCAGAUUCUUCAUCACAGCCAUUGUCUCAAGACGCGUAGGAGGGAUCACCGAAUCAGUUCUGUGAGGGAUUUCAGAGGGGAGAGUAGGCAGAGGUCAAACUCUCUGGAUGGACUCUAACAGGCUAAAGGAAGAAAACAGACAUUACAGUCUUCACAUUGAAAUGAGUACAUGUGCGUGGAUAUGUGCAAAGGUAUCUGGUUAAUAGUCACCAUGCGCACAUAAAAUCUGAUAUACUUAUGGAUCUUAUACAGGAAGGGGUCCUCAUCAUAAACACCAAAAUUACAUGCUCACUUCUGCCCCCUUCCCACCCAAAGGUACCUCCUUUUGGGCUUCCCACUGGGAGGCCAGCACAAGGAGCUUUCUAACCCGACAUCUUCUGUCAUCCCUUCUUCCUUUCUGCUCAGGUGGUUGGACACACGCUGGACUCUUGUUUGAACCUCACAUACAUGUGUGCGCACGCAUGCUUUUUAACUUUUCCAGCUCCUGGUCUAUGGCAUAAAGUGAAUUUUCAAGUGGAAUUUAUGGUCAUCAAUAAGCAGUACCUUUAGUUUCUUUUUUUUUUUUUCGUGUGGCUAGGAGUCUUCAGAAUCUUCCCCAGAAGUUGCCAUGGACAUUCUCAUUGCCUUUAACCUAUAUCUUCUUUUGCUUGAACAAUAGUAUUUAAGAUAAAUCUUCUAAAAAGGUGUCUUUUAAAUGUUAGUGCUUUUCUGUUUUGGCUAAAUUCUACUCUUGGUUCAGAGCUUUUACUGUUACGCCUCAGCGAUAAAUAUAGUCUUCUGCUGUUUCUCUUUGGUGGAAGAACAUUAAGGGUUAAGUUGUCUAGCCUAGGAACCCUGGUGGUGCAGUGGUUAAGAGCUGUAGCUGCUAACCAAAAGGCUGGCAGCUCAGAUCCACCAUCCGCUCCUUGGAGACCCUAUGGGGCAGUUCUACUCUGUCUUACAGCUUCGCUAUGAGUUGGAAUUGACUGGAUGGCAACGGGUUUGGUUUUUUGUUUUUUAGGCUAGCCUAGGAAGCUGACCAUCAUUUAUAGCAUGGUUUUCAAUGGGAAAAUGCAUUCUGAAGACACAUAAUCAACUCUUAGGUGGACUUUGGGAACACAACACACAUCCAAAGGCAGAGAAUGUAGUGUUCUUUUUAUGAGUCACUAAAAUUUUGAUAGAACCAUAGAAUCUUUAAAUGUGGAGCUGAAAGGGAUACCGGCCCCCGCCCUGCCCAGCUCCACACCAGAUUGAUUAACAAGCUGAUUUGUAGAAACAAAGACCAAGAGAGAGGCAAAAACUUGGCCAAGGGCACAUAGUCACUUGUAGAGCUGAAACUAGCACCCACCUCCUGACUUCUAGCCCAGUGCUCCUCUGUCAGUGACUUUUGAAGAUCCUGUCAGUUUGGGGGUGGAGUGGGUACACGGAUGGUCUUAGAGAAGCUCUCACCAUCUCACUCACAGUCCACUGUGCUGUCGUCAGGAAAUGUAAUUCACCACUCAGGCUGUAAUGGAAAUAGUGAGAAGUCAGACCAGCUAAUGGCGUGGGGAGAGGUUGUCUAGUCGGCUGGCUUGUCUGUAAAUUCCUGGUGUGUUCUUGCUGGAGCAGAAUGAAUGGGGUUGUUGUGUUUUACCUGGAGCUCUGAGAUACCUGAGGUGGGGGAGAUGCUCCCUGUGGUCUGUUCUAAAAAUGGCAGUGGGAACGGAGCUAAGGGGAAGAGGAGGGGGCUCCUUCGGGAGCUGAGUGGGGAUGCCCCACCUCCUUCCUCUUCCUGCCAGGCCCUAUGUGAGGAAGUCCCAUGGAUUCACAGAAUCUGAGAUCUGGCAGGGUCCUGGAGCCGUCAGCGCCCACUUUCCCAUCUCAUACAGAUGAGGAGGCCCCGGAGGCCCAGAGAAGGGAAGGGACUGGCCAGCGGUCACCGAGCCCAGAGAGAAGGUCCAGACGUCUGGCCAUUUUCCUCCUGCUGUUUCAGCAGGGUGGAUGUUGGCCUCCCGAGGUUUUUUCUCACUGCCUCUGGGCGUGCACAGGGCCUGGGAACUCCUGGGGAAAGAUGUGGCCGGGCUUCCUGAGAGACGCCUGGCAGGCGAGGAGUCCCUGGCCAGUCUGCCCUGAGCCCUGACCUCGACCAGCUGGCCUUCCAGCACCACGCCUUUCCCUGCUGGUGUCCCCGCCCUUGCCGACUUGUCAUUCUGUCACUCCCUGGAUUGUGCAGCAUUCUGCAGGGAGGGAGGCCAAGGGCUAGUGUGGAACUGGCCUGCAGGAAAGAAGGCCUCAUGUCUCAGGGCCUUCCUCUGCCUUUCUCCAGGAAGGAGCAGAGCCAGCUAAGUCAGGAGCAGGAGGCUGGAGCUUAGAGGUAGGCAGGCCCAGGUUCAGAUUCCAGCCUUGCCUCUCACUAACGGUGGGAUCACCAGCAGUCACCUAGCAUCUGUAAAAUGAAACAAGGACAUACACUUCACUGGGUUAUUGCGAAGAUUAAAGGACAUGAUGUGUGCAAAGCGCCCAUUAUAAUGCCUGGCACAUAGUAAGUACUCGGUAAUGGUAAAUAUUAUUGCGAGAUCAAGUGGUGAACACAUGCUUGACUGUCUGUAAUCCCCUUCUUUGGGGCUUCCACCCACGUGGCAUGGCAGGUUUUUUUUUUUUAAUGUAGUUAGUUAUUUUUUUUUCUUUGUUGUGCUGUUGUUGCUAAAGUAAUUUGAGUUUAUUAUGAAGAAAAUAUUUAAUGCUUAUCAACCAGGAGAAGAAAAUGAAGUUCAUUCUUCAUCCCAGCACCCAGAGAUGCCACUGUUCACAUUUUGGGGUGUAUCUGGUCAGGCAUUUAUUUAUACACACACGUAUUUUAUUUAGGAUUACUGGUGUUCACAACUUUUUAACCUUUUUUCCAUUUAACAAUGUAGUGUGUCUGUGUUUGCAUGUCAAUAAAUAUUUUUCUACGAUAUCUUCUUUGUGCCUGCAGAGUAUUUCAUUGUGUAGAUGAAACAUGCUUUAUUUAAAUAAUCUCCGGUAGUUGGACAUUUAGAUUAUUUCCCAGUUUUUGUUGUUGCAAAAAACUGAGAUAAAAGUACUUGUCAGUACAUCUUGGUAUCUCCAGCAUCCAGUUAGAUGCCUUAAUGGAAAUGUUUGACCCUCAACAAAUAUUUGGUGAAUGAAUGAACAUUUUAUUAGAAAAAUUCCUGGUAGUAUUUUGGAUUAAGGUAUAUGUGUGUGUGUAUAUAUAUAUAAAAUGGUCCUUAUACCUAUUGACAAAUUAUCCUCCAGAAAGGUUGUACCAAUUUAUAAUCUCACUUUACGGUGAUCAACUCCUCCCAGUUUGCCUGGGACUUUCUUGGCUUUGGCACUGAAUGUCCUGUGUCCCAGGAAACGCCUCAGUCUUUUUUGUUGUUGUUAAGUAAUUUUUUUUUUUAAUUGUGUUUUAGGUGAAAGUUUACAGCUCAAGUUAAUUUAUACAAAAAUGUAUACACAUAUUGUUUGGUGACACUAGUUGCAAUCCCCACAAUGUGACAGCACACUCCCACUUUAUACCUGGGGUUCCCUGAGUCCAUUCCACCAAUUCCUGUCCCUUCCUGCCUUCUCAUCCUGCCUGCAGACAGGAGCCACCCAUUUGGUCUCACGUAUCUGAUUGAACUAAGAAGCACACUCCUCACAUGUAUUGUGUUUUGUUUUAUAGUCCUGUCUAAUCUCUGUCUGAAGAGUGGCCUUUGGGAACAGUUUCAGCUCUGGGUUAACAGAGCAUCCGGGGACCAUAGUUUCGGGUGUUUCCCCAACCUCUGUCACACCAUUAAGUCUGCUCUUUUUUUGUGAAUUUGAAUUCUGCUCCACAGUUUUCUCCCACUCUGUCUGGGACUCUCUGUUGUGUUGCCUCUCAGAGCAGUCAUCGGUGGUAGCUGGACACCAUCUAGUUCUUCUGAAACCCCUCAGUCUUGAGCAAACAGAGGUGGUCUGGGUAAGAGAAUGUCUGUUUCCCUAUACCAUUGCCGACACUGUGUAUUUUUAAAUUAUUUAAGAGGUUCAUUUCUUCAAUUACUAGAAACAUUGAAUAUCUAUUUAUAUGCUUUUUAGCCAUCUAUAUUGCUUCUUUUGUGAGUAGCCUAUUCAAGUCUUUUGCCCAUUUUUCUAUCGGGCUGUUUAUACUUCUAUUAUUGAGUCCUGAGACCUCUUCAUGUAAUAAGGAUGUUUAUGCGUUAGUCUUUUAUAUGUAUUUUUUGAACUACAGUUGUUUCUGACUUAUAGGUAAUCAUAUUGGUAAACUUUUUAAAAAGUACCUUUGGUUUUGUAGUAUUUGCUUCAGGAUUAUACAAUACUCAUUUAUUUUCUUGAACUUCAUGAUUUUAUCUUUUAGCUUUUAACAUCUUAAGUUUAUCUGCAAUUUAUUUUGGUAUAUAGUAUGAGGUAGAAUGCUUUUCAUUUUUACCAGUUAUUUGCUUCAGUGCUUAAACACUAUGUUAGAACAAGUACCCUCUCAUUACUCUUCUUUAAAAAUUGUUUUUUUACUAUUCUCACAUAUUUAUUCUUUCAAAUGAACUUCAGAGAAAUUUUACUCAGUGCACAAUUCCCCCCUGCCCCUCCCAAGAAAUAUCAUUGAGAUUUUGGUUGGAAUGAUAAUAAAAGGUGAUACACUAAAAAGAGGACAGCUGAUAUCUAGACAAUACUGUCUUCUCGUCCAGGGUCAAAAUUAUAUGUCUGCAUUUACGUGAAUCUUUUAAGAUUUCCCAGGUGAAGUUUUGAACAAUUUUUUUUCCCCAUAGGUCCUGCACCUAUUCUGUUAAAUUCAUUUAAGGAAAUGAUAAUUUUCGAUUUAUAUUGUUAAAAACCAAAAAAAAAAAACCAAAAAAACCUAUCGCUGCCGAGUCAGUUUGGACUCACAGGGACCCUGUGUACAACAGAACGAAACAUUGUCUGGUCCUGUGCCAUCCUCAUGAUAGUUGCUAUGCUUGAGCCCAUUGUUGCAGCCACUGUGUCAGUCCAUCUUGUUGAGGGUCUUCCUCUUUUUCACUGCCCCUCUACUUUACCAAGCAUCAUGUCCUUCUUCAGGGACUGAUCCCUCCUAGUAACAUGUCCAAGUAUGUGAGUCGUAAUCUUGCCAUCCUUGCUUCUAAGGAGCAUUCUGGUUGUACUCCUUCCAAGACAGAUUUGUUCAUUCUUCUGGCAGUCCAUGGUAUAUUCAAUAUUCUUUGCCAGCACCAUAAUUCAAAGCCAUCAUUUCUUCCUCAGUCUUCCUUAUUCAUCAUCCAGCUUUUGCAUGCGUAUGAGGCAAUUGAAAAUAACACAGAUUGGGUCAGGCACCCUUUAGUCUUUAAGGUAACAUCUUUGCCUUUUAACACUUUAAGGAGAUCUUUUGCAGCAGAUUUGCCCAAUGCAGUGCGUCAUUUGAUUUCUUGACUGCCACUUCCAUGGGUGUUGAUUGUGAAUCCAAGUAAAAUGAAAUCCUUGACAAGCUCAGUCUUUUCUCCGUUUAUUAUAAUGAUGUUGCUUAUUGGUCCAGUUGUGAGGAAUUUUGUUUUCUUUAUGUUGAGGUGUAAUCGAAACUGAAGGCUGUGGCCUUUGAUCUUCAUCAGUAAGUGCUUCAAGUUAUCUCCACUUUCAGCAAGCAAAGUUGUGUCAUCUCCAUAAUGCAGGUUGUUAAUGAGUCUUCCUGCAAUCCUGAUGCCCCGUUCUUCUUCAUGUAGUCCAGCUUCUCAGAUUAUUUGCUUAGCAUACAGGUUGAAAAAGUAUGAUGAAAGGAUAUAACCCUGACGCACACUUCCCUGACUUUAAACAACCCAGCAGCCCUUGUUCUGUUUGAACAACUGCCUCCUGGCCUAUGUUCAGGUUCCCCAUGAGCCCAAUUAAGUGUUCUGGAAUUCCCAUUCUUCAUGAUGUUUAUCCAUAAUUUGUUAUAAUUCACACAGUCGAAUGCCUUUGCACAGCCAAUAAAACACAGGUAAACAUCUUUCUGGUAUUUUCUGCCUGCAGCCAGGAUCCAUCUGACAUCAGCAAUGAUAUCCCUCGUUCCACAUCCAUGCACAUACGUAGAUGUAUAUUAUUUUUGAUUUUGGUGCAAAUAGUAAACUUGCUCAUCUGCUAACAGAAAGGUUGGUGGUUUGAGUCCACCCAGAGGUGCCUCGGAAGAAAAGCCUGGUGAUAUACUUCCAGAAAAUCAGCCAGUGAAAACUCUAUGGAGCACGGUCCUGCUCUGACACACAUGUGUUUGCCAUGGGUCGGAACUGACUUGACAGCAACUGGUUUUUAUCCCAGUAUACAUAAAUUUCUGUAACUCAUAUUUAAAAAAACUUAAUGUAUUAUAAAAAUCUUUCUACAUCCAUACCUUCUUUUUACUGGUCGGUGGACCAUUAUUUAUUUAACCAUCCCCCUGUUGAUGGGCAGUUAGGUUGUUUCCAGUGUUUUAUAUUAUGAGGAAUGCUACAAUAAACAUCCCAAAAAUGUGCUGUAUGUUACAUAUUACUGUACUUUUCUGUAGGUUGAACAGUGCGCAUAUGCAACUCAACACACACCAGCAAAUGUUCUAACGGUUUACAUUCUUACUCACGGCGAAUGAGUGCCUGUUUCCCUGCAACCUACCUAACCUACCUAACAUUGGAUGCUAUUGCUCUUUUAAUUCUUUGUUGGUGUGAGAGAUGAAAAUUUAUAUUUCAUUUUAAUUUGCAUUUUUUUGAUUAUUAGCAGAGUUGGGCUUCUUUUUGAGUUCAUUAAUCAUUUUUAUUUCUUCUUCUUUGACUUGCCAGUUUAUAUCAUUUGUCCAGUUUUCUACUGGGGCAUUUGUCUUAUUUCUAAGAGCACUUUAGAUGGUUAGAAUAUUUAAAUGGUCAGAAUAUUAACCAUUUGCUUCUUAUCUGGGUUGCGGAUGUUUUUUCCAGGUUGUCAUUUGUCUUUUAACUUUAUUUAUAGUAUAUUCUGUCAUUUGUAAGUUUAACAUUAUUUUUAAUCAGAUAUUUUUGUAGUCAAGUGCUUUUUAAACUUUUUUAGUUUGGUCAUACUUUCUAAGGCCUUUACACUGAUAAAGAAUAUUCUUAUAUGUUUUCUCUAGAUAUUUUUUAUCCUUUUACUUUUUAUGUUUAGAUUUUUAAUCUGCAAUUAAUUUAGUUCCUGGUAUCUGAUAGAAUUCUCGCUAAUUUCUUAACCCAAAAUAGAUGACCAGUUUUUCCCACUUUGUUUUUUCAAUUACCUUCUUUCGCUCACUGAUUUGAAAUGCUGCCUUAUCAUAGACCAGAUUGCCUCAUGUAUGUGGAUUGUCUUCUGAACUCUCUAGUCUCCCACAUUCAUUUUUCUCUUCCUACAUCGUAUUGAGAUUUAAUUACUGCAGCUCUAGGGUAUGUUUUAGUAGCACUGAGGGUACAAAUGGUUAAUGUGCUCAGACUCUAACCAAAAGGUUGGGUCUACCGAGAGGUAAUUUGGAAGAAAGCCCUGGCAAUCUCCUUCCGAAAAGUCAGCCAUUGAAAACCCUGUGGAGCACAGUUCUACACUGACACACAUGGGGUCACAUGAAUCAGAAUUGACUCGACAGCAACCGGUUUUAAGCAUCUGAGGCCACCCCCCAUCGUUCUUCUGCAAGAUUUCCUUUGAAGUUAUAUACCCUAAUUCUAGUGUACUUACGGUUUUACCCUUACCUUUUUCACAAACACAUUUCAACAUUAGGAAUUACACCAUAUCUAUAAUAGUUCAUUUUCACCUUCUACUACCCAUAACAAGCAGUUCAGCUGGCCUGUGCUUGUCUUUGCUUUCCUCCACACCUCCUGGGUAUUGUUGAAAUAAUCCUCUGGAAUUUUAAUUUCUGCUGGCUACUAUUUUUAACCAUUAGUUCUAUUCUGCUUUAAGAAUCAUUGACUUAAAAACUGCAUUCAGCUUCUCAAUUAUGUCUUCAAUAGUUAGGUCUGUAAAUGUUGCCGGUUUCAUUGCUUGCCAGUGUUUCUUGUACACUACAGCCUGUCAUCCUUGACUUCUUUAUUUUGAUUCAUUCUUGUCUGGAGAGCUUUCUUGAGUAAUUUUUUCAGAAUGGUUCUGUGGGUGGUAUACUUUCUGAGUCCUCAUAUGUCUGAAAAUAUUCGCCUUCACACCUGAGUCAUACUUUUCCUGAGUAGAGGAUUCUAUGCUAACUGUCUUUCUCCCCCAGAAACCUGAGAGGCACACUCUGUGGUCUCCCAGCAUUUAGAGUUGUAAGAAGUGCGAUGCCCACUUGAUUCUCUAAAAAUGCUUUAUGGAAAUAAGUAGGAUUUUUCUUUUCACUCUGAAAUUCAGAAAUGUCACCAGAUUAUUUCUAGUUGUUUGUUCUCUUGGUAAUCUUCUCUGGUACUAACUAGGUAAAUACUUUCAGUCUGAAGACCCAAGUCUUUCCUUAGUUCAGGGAAAUUUUCUAUUAAAUUUGGAAUUAUCUUCUGUGUGUUCAGUUCUUUCUGGAAGUCCUACUAUAAACAACAUUAAUAUUAAUAAUAACAAUACUGGCAGCUAACAUUUAUUGAGUAUGCUUUCCUUCUGUUAAACAUGUGAUCUGCCCAACACUAUUGUUAUUAUCCUCCAUUGUACCGAUGACAAAGCAAAGGAACAGAGAGGUUAAAUUGUACAAAGUCUCACAGCUGGGAGACGUAGGCCAUGGUCCAAACGCCAGAGCCUGUGUUCUUAGCUGCUACACUAUACUCCCUGUCUGUCAAGCCCAGUCUUCCAGACCUGACCCUGACCCUGACCCCAAAUACCCUUCAGUGAAAACGUUGAGUGUUGACAGCCAGAGUCUCUAUGCUAUGACCAGUGGGAGAAAAUGUGGGGUUGCUAGUACCGUGGAGGUGGAAACAGAUUGAGAGAUGAGGCCUAGAGAGGGACAGAGAGCUGUCAUAGGGUUCCCAGUGAACUUAGAGUUGAGAUUUGUCCUCUCUCUCUCUUUCUUACCUCCUCAGCCACCCUCUUCAGGGUUCAUCUCUGAACUUGGGACUCCUGCAUGGCCUCAUUGUGGAUCUCCCUGCUCCUAGCCCUGUCCCUUUAGUGUUCCCUCUCUGAACAGUAGCCAAGAUGGAUUUUCCUAUAGCGCAAACUGGGCCACCUGCUCACUGUCCAGAGGUUUCAGAGGUUCUCGUUGUCUACAGAAUAAACACCAAGCUCCUUGGCUUGAUAUUGAGUGGCUCCUACAUCCUUUUAUUUUUAUUCAUUCUUUCAUUCCUCUUUUAUUAAAGAUGAGCUGAAUGUUUGUUGAAUGACUAUAUGAGCGAACAGAUAUUUUUAGAGUGCCUAUUGUGUGUCGGAACCCUGGUUAAGAGCAGUGGUUAAGAGCUUGGUUGCCAGUCAAAAGAUCAGCAGUUCGAAUCCACCAGCCACUCCUUGGAAACUCUGUGGGGCUGUUCUGCUCUGACCUAUAGGGUAGCUAUGAAUCAGAAUUGACUCCACGGCAACGGGUUUGGUUUUUUGGCUUACUGUGUGUCAGACACUGUAUGAAGUACUGGUGACACAGUGUGCAUUAGUCAGGAAUUUUCCAAUUCCGAUGUGAACCCAACUGAAAUUAGCUUCAGCCAGGAAAUGGAAUUUAUUGGAAUAUGGAGGGUAGGCUUCAAGCAUAGCUGGAUUCACGGGCCCAAGCAGUGCCAUGAACUGGCCAUACUCUCUCCAUCUCUUGGUUCUACGUGCUUAUGUGUUGGCUCACUCCCUUAGUGGAGGCAGAUGGCUGCCAGCAGUACUGGGGUUAUGGCCUUACAGUUUGACUCCCUCCAUCAUUUCAACAGUUGUCCUGCGCCUGAUUCUCACUGGCCCAAGUUGGAUCAUGGGUGCCUAUCCCUGAACCAGCUACAGAGGAAAACAGAAUAGGAUGAGCUGAUUAGCUGAGGCCUGGGUCACAUGCGCAACCCUGGAGUGGGAGAUGGGUCAUCUCCAGUUGAAUCACUUGGUUUGAGAAUAAAGGCAGGAAGGGUAGUUCCUCAGGGAAAAUCAGAUGGUGAGGAAGGAUGAAAGGAGGCUGGUCAGGUGAAGCCUCAGAUGUCUUCUACCUUGUGGCUCACCAGCCAACACAGUCUCAUCCCCAUAGAGUUAACAGUAUAGUAUGGUGGGGGCAGAAUGGGGAGGAUGAUUGGAGGAGAGACAGACACUAACUGUCUUAGUUCUCUAGUGCUGCGGUAACAGAAAUGCUACAAAUGGGUGGCUUUAACAAACUGAGUUUUAUUCUCUCGUGGUUUAGGAGGCCGAACGUCCAAAUUCAGGGUGCCAGCUCCAGGAGAAGGUUUUGUUUCUCUGUUGACUCUGGGGAAGGUCCUUGUCAUCAGUCUUCCCCUGGGUCUAGGAGUUUCUCAGCACAAGGACCCCAAGUCCAAAGGACGUGCUCAGCUCCUGGCUGUUCACUCUUGGUGGUAGGAGGUCCCGCUCCUCUCUGCUUGCUUUUCUCUUUUAUACCUCAAAAGAGAUUGACUCAAGGUACAACUUAAUCCUGUAGAUUGCAUCCUGCCUUGUUAACAUGACUGCCUCUAAUCCCACCUCAUUAACAUCAUAGAAGUUAGGAUUUAGGACAUAUAGGAUAAUCACAGGCCAUCAGAUCGCAAAAUGGUGGAGAACCACACAAUACGUGGCCUCGCCAAGUUGACACAUAUUUUGAAUCUAUAAUACCAACCAAAAUAUAAACAAUAUAUAAUGAAUUGGCGACAAAGGACCCAGUGAGAGCACCUAUUGGGAGAGCCUGUUCAGAGGCAUUAGGAAAGUUUCUGAGGCAGGGGUGAGGGGCUGGGCUAUAGGAAGAAUCAUUCUAGGUGAGGAUCUUAAAGCAGGCCAGUGUGGGUGGAGGAGUGAGGAGGGUGUACAGGGCAUGAGAUGAAGCUGGGGAUGUGUGCAGGGCCUGAGAGGCUGUGGUAAGGAGUUUGAACUUUAUCAUGAGGGCAGUGGGACCUGGUGCGGUUAGAUUUGUGUCUAGGAAGCUCACUCUAGUUCUGUUAAGAAGAAUGGCAAGGCCUGAGGCAGGGAGCAGUUAGAAGGUGAUGGUGCUCUGGGCUAGGGUGGAGGCAGUAGGGAUGGAGAGAGAUGAAAGAACUGAGUGAUGUGUAGGAGGUGGAGGCUAUGGGAUUUGCUGAUUAAUUGGGUGGGGAAUGUGAGGGAGAGGGUCCCUGUCCAAGAAUCUGGCUCAGGCAAGAGGGUGAAUGGUGGUGCCAUUCAUUGAGCAGGGAGCACUGGAGGAGGAGCGGUUUGGGUGACAGGAUCAUGAGUUCCACUGUAGGUGUAAGUACUAUGGCAGAGGCCCAGUCAGUGAGCUUUUCAUAAAAUCAGGGCCAUCUAGACCAAGGCUUCUCACACUGCCUGCGGUGAAGAGCCUCAUACUUUUGUAAAACUCACGAUUCGUAUGAGUCAGUUUGACAACACUCAAACUUGCGUAUACCCUGUUCAGUGAGACCCGUCCACUGACCUUGGCUUGUAGUGGGAAUGAAUGUCAAGUUGCUAUCAGAGUUUCUAAACACUCUGCAAUUAUCCCAUUGCAGACCGGUAAUAAGCAGAGUGUGGACCUGUACCAUCCUGUGGACUACAUUUUGAAUAGCAUGGAUCUAGCGCAAGCAACCCCCGUGCCCGUUUUAGAGACGGGGAAACUGAGGCUCAGGGAUGGGAUUGACCUUGCCCCAGGCCUUGCAGAAGGCAGACUUCAGUUCAGUCUCCCCCAGCCUGACCCUCUGUUUUAACGAUCUGGCUUAAAAUCCAACAGCCCAAGCCACGGAUGGACUGGAAGGAGGGCAUGGAUGGACCGCUCCUAGCAGCCAGUGCUGCAGGCUGUCCUCCGCCUGUCUGAGUCACUGACUCUGUGCUCAACGCUUCCCAGGAACUCAGGCUGUCAGGAUGCAGCCUGGCCCUGGAGCUGGCACAGGCACAGUGGAUGGAGGAUUACUCCCAAAUGCCUGAAAUUUCAGGCCAGCAUGUGGCUCGCUGGGCUGGAGCCGUGAAGGGAGAUGGUCGUGGCUCCUGGCCACCCUGUGCUGCCGCGGCUGCCCAAGACCAAGCUGAUGCAGCUAGGACGACUUUGAUGUGUGCUUCUGUGGGCGGGAGUCGGCCAGUGGCAGUCCUUGGUGUCAGCUCUGCAGGGGGACAUUGGACCGCCGCCUCAUAUGGGCUUCUCCUUGCUGUGGUUGGGAGAUACAGUUCCCAUUACCAGGCUGAGAAUCGUCCUUGUUGCCUAAAGUUGCUGAGGAAGAGGCAGAUGGUGAACAGAGGGAUGUUUAGGGGACCUGAGAUUGAGAAUAGAGUUUAUGGGUUAAGAGCAUAGGUCCUGGGGCCAGACCACCUGCUUCGUCAUUGUCUAGACCUGUGUUAAGCUUUCUGUACCUUAGCUUCCUCAUCUGUAAAAUGGGAAUGAUGAUAAUAGGCUGUUGCUCAAUAAAUAUUAAUGAUUAUCAGCUAUUAGCAUAUGCCAGCCACCAUGUUAGACCCUCAACAGAUAGUACCACAUUUAAGUUUAUUCUUUAAAUCAGCCCUCUAAGGUACACUCUGCCCUUUUACAGAUGAUAACAACAGCAGCAACCACACAACAGUGGUGGCUCCCAUUUAUUGAGCACUUACUGUGUGCCAGGCACUCCACCUGUACCACCUCAUUUAGUUCCCCCACAGGUCUAGUGAGAUGGAGGGCAAUAGCCCCAUUUUACAGAUAAGAAAACUGAGACUCAGAUAUGUUAAAGUGAUUUGCCCAAGAUAGUUCACACUCAGAUUUUUUAAAACUCCAAAGCCUAUGCUCUUUCUAAACACCAGUGGCUAAACCAACUCUUCAGUGAGGGAGACUUGGGGAGCCUGGGACUGACCACUGAAGGGGAAGAGUGGGACUGGGGCCACUGAACACCCACUCCCACUCCUCAGCCUCAUUUUCAAGGCCAGGAAUGUGAAGGAACUUGCCCUGGGUCCCACAGGCUACAAGCCAGGACUCCCUGUGAACUUGAACCUGAGGAUACCUGCUCUGUCCCGCCUCACCCCACCACUUGUAGCAUGUGCUUGAGGAACAAGGCUGGUGCCACCAGGAAGAGCAAGGUCCACGCCUUAGCAAGCAGUGGGAGAGUGUGUCCUCUGCCCUGGUAUUAGGGCCGUAGAGGCCAGAACACGGCAGGAAGGUCCCUGCUUGCAGCAGGCUGCUCCUCUGUCAUUUUUGUACCCUUAGUUCCAGCACAGUCUCCUGCAUAUAGUAGGUAGGGCCUUGGUAGUUAUCGAAAUAAUAAAUGUUUCCUGGCUGACUCUUGGGUGGGGGAGGCCUUUUUGCGUGGAGUCUAUAGGUCCUUAAACUAGGGCUGUAAGACCCAAGUGAGUAAAAGCCUAAAACUUUCUAAGCUGAUAAGCAAGUUGAAAGCUUGGGCUGGGCUGGGCACUUCCACAGAGUUUCAAAGGGCAGCCCAGGCUCAUCACCCUCUUGCACCAGGUUGGGUCAGGGCUAGGGCUCUGUAGAGGCGAGUCCAGUAGGCACCCAACACAGGCUUGGGGUGUCUGGGGUAGCAAAAGCGUGAGCAGCUGCUGGCGGGGGGUAGUCUUAGUCUGUCAUAUGCUCUGGAAUUCCUAGGACCACCCCUCCCCCCUGGCUUUUGGCCCAGGUCUCCCGCGAUAGCAGCACCUUCCUCUCCACCCCAAAUGAAAUCCCAGUGGACUUCAGAUCCCUAGGAUGGGGAAGCUCACUAAAUAGCCAUUGGCAGGUACCCUUCUUCCUUGGAGAAGGCACUGCCCACAGCUUAACUUCGCCCAGGUGGAGUCUGCAUGGGGAAAGGAGUGGGUUCCCCUCUGGGCAAGACUCAUGGUGGGGUCUUGGGAGCACAAACCUGGGUGUACUGGGCUUAACGCGGUGGAGGCCACUAGUGAAGACAGUGGAAGCCUCACUGUGGUGGGGCUGCAGGGGAGCCGCCUGUCCCUGGCACUUGCUGCAUCAUCUCUCUAGGGGUCUUUCUGGAACUUUGAGUUCUGUCUGGGGGUAUUACCCUCCAAAAAUGGGAAGUGCAUUACUCACUAACUUCCUGCCCACGCUCACCCGUCCCAGCCCUGGAAGCCACUGAAGCUGGUCUAAACAGGGGGGAAGUUUGCCUGUGUGGCUGGGCUGCAUGGCCAGCUGGCUUCUCAGUCUAAUUGGUGGCUAGUCUGUUUCAUGGGCCACCUUGUUCAGUGGCACAGGGCAUAGUGGAAAGCAGACUAGCCUUGGACCUUAGCUCUCUGCACUUACUACUUUGUGCCUUUGGGUAGGUUUCAUAAUCUCUCUAUGCCUCUGUUUACUCAUCCAUAAAAUGGGGAUAUUAGAAAUCAUGUCUGAUAGGGUUGUUAUGAAGAUUCUAUGAAUCAGUAAUUGGGAAGUGUUUAGAGCAGUGCUGACACAUAGUGUCAAAUAAGCAUUUGUUAAAUAAAAUAUGUGGAUCAAUACAUGGGGCCCAGGCCCUGAGUGCCCAAGUGUUGACCCCCUGCAGCCUGUGGACCACCUCUAUCUUGCUGCUCCCUAGAUCCCAGUUCCCCUUUACUGAACAGCACCAUUGUUAUCUCAAGUCUGAAAAGCACUGGGUUGCCGUAGAGGGCGCAUUGGACUGGGAGUUAGGAAUCUUGGGUCCCAGAUCUGCCACACAUUUGUUCUAUUUCCUUGGGAAGCUCGCUUUCCCUCUCUGGGCCUCAGUCACACAGGCUGUAAGUGGGGAAUAGGAGUGAAGAUCUCCUAGGGCCCUCCUGGCUUAGGCAGACUGGCUAUUGGUGACUCCCCCUGAUGCCCCAGGCCUAGGCCCUCCUGGGAGGGUCCACCUGUCCUACUGAUUCAUGUCUGAGGCUCUGGAGAGCACAGAGGCGGAAGGCAUUGACGGCCCCAGGGCCCCCCCAGGCACUAGCCAUUCUUCUAGCCUGGCCUGGCAGGCUCUUGGGCCCCAGGGCACUGAGCUGCUAUCCCCUUUCCUCAUUAUCCUUGUGCCCAGAGCAUUGAUGCAUGGAUUCAGAAUCUGUUCUGGACCCGGCGCCUUGGGUUGGCAGGGCCACUCUGUCUGUCACAGCAUAAUGUCUGAUUAUGGACUCACUGGUCUUGCUGUGUGGUUGACAUCUGCUUCCCUCCCUGACUGUCAGCCUCGUGAGUGCAGGACCCUGGUCUGUCUUGUUCUCCAUCACAUCUCCAGGCCUAGUACAGUGCCUGGCAUACAGUUGGUGCUUUAGAACUAUGUGCAGAUUGAAAGAAGGUGAAGACCCUGCUGAAGCUUGAGGGCCUCUCUCAUGUCGAGGAACCCUACAUUUAGGCCCUUUACCCUAAGAAAUCUGUCCCCCCCCCAAAAAAAACCACCAGAAAUUCCAUCCUAGCAACCAGCCAGUCCCACUGGGAAUUGGACAGCCCCAUGGACACUGGCUGUCUCCUGGCACCCACCUCCUUGGUUCCCGAGGCAGGUGUGGACCCUCGGAGGAGGGUCCUGCAGGAUGACAGCCUUCCCACCUGAGCCCUGCAAAGACAGCCUUGACUCUGUUCCAGGAACAAGGCCAAGCACUGGUUGGAGUUUGUCAGUGACCAGCUCAGCUGCGGGCUAUUCUGGGUUGACCCUGAUAAGGGUGUUUUCUUAUGCCAGUGUGCAUGCAUGUGCUUGUAUGUGUGAGAGAGACAGGAAUAGAGAGUCAGAUAGACAAGGGCAAGGAGACAGGCAGAGAUAGACGUUCAGAAACAGAGAGACAAGGAGGCACGUUGACACUAAUAUAGGGAGUAAGAGGCUGAGAGACAGCGUUCCAGCCCAGGGUAGCCGAGGCAGGGUAGGGGAAAGGGGAGGAUGGGGGCUCAUUCUGCCUGAUUUUCUCUAUGCCUACAUCCCAGGGUGCCUACCACUGAGAAAGAGGGGGUGCUGGGACUGGGGCUGGAGCAGGCCAUGGGAUGGGCACCCCCAAACCUGGGCCUCAGACACAGCCUAGGGUGCGUUUGGCUACAUCAGACAACAAACCACAGCAACUAUAUCUGCAGUGCUGGAGAACAGCUUUGAGCUGGCGAAGCAUCUCCCUGCAGUGUUGGGGCUGUGCGGUGGUUAAGAGUGGGCGCAGUGUGGCUGUGGGCAACUUCCUCUGCGCUUCUCUCCCUCGGAUUCCCCAUUUGUAAAUAGGGUAAUAAUAGUUGCUGGCUCACAAGAUGGUGGUGAGGUUAAAAUGGGUUUAUGCAGGUAAAGCUCUUGGAACAGUGCCUGGCACAGAGUUAGUGCCCAAGAAAGGGUAGCCAAGAGCCAGUGUAUUGAAUCAUCUAUUAAUCCCCCCUUUGAGUGUCAUCAAUCCCAUUUUACAGAUGAGGAAACCAAGGUUCAGAGGGCGGCAGGCACUUGCUUAGUGACACCCAGCUAGCCAGGGCUGGAGCUGGAACCCUCUCCUCCAAGUCCAGUGCUCUUUCCACUGUCCCAUCCCCCACCCCCCCAUCCUUCUUUUAGGGUUGUCUUUUUCAUUUGAGGCCAUAACUCUUGGGCUGUUGAAAUGUGCCCCACUCAGCCAUCACACUGGGGAGAGGAAGCACCAAGCUCUGUGUCCAUCCCGGGUUCCCCAGAGUUUGGCAGAAAAAAGUGCUAAAUAAAUAAAUGUGUGUCCAGCUGCUCUAGAUGGUGCUGCUGGGAGGUAACUGAAGCAGCGGCUCCCCCACCCCAAGGGAGGGCGGUUGCAUUCUCAGAGUCAGUGUGUGUUGGCUGCCCGACCCUGGGUUAAACUGCAGCCGCCCAUGGGAUGAGAGCAGCAUGGGGGUGGGGGUGUGACAGGGGAGCCUCAGUGAUUGGAUCCCUCCUUCCAGGGAGCGGCAGCCAGCGGCUUUGCGCUGCCCCGGCUGGGGAGCCCUUCGAAUAAGCGUGGGGUGGAGCAGGCUCAGGCGCCCAGUGCCGGGGCUGCCGCUGUGAGAGAUGGACGCCUUGCCCUCCAGAGCAGCACCUUAGGGGCCGGCUCGGGCCCCUGGGACGGGCCGCAGGAGACCCCAGGCGAGUGGCCCAUGUUUGUGAGCCUGUGAGCAGGUAACCCAGGAGCCGGCUGGCCCCUUGGGGGCUGGAGGACUGGCCGCCGAGGACUCUCUUCCUCGAGACAUCCCAGACUCCUUCCCGGAUGAAAGUGGUUUGGGAAAUCACAGAGUUUUCUUUUUGAUGGAAGAAAGAAACCCAGCGUCUCUCCAGAGUGGCUGCUGCUGGCUGGACAGGGUGUGUGUUUGGAAAGAGUGCUGGAGGAGGAGGAGGAGAAGGAGGAGGAGGAGAAAGAGGAGGAGGGACGGGUGAUGCAAGGGUUUUGAAAACGCUACCUAGAUGUGGGAGGUGGAACCUGGUCAUUUGGUUCUGCUUUUCCCAGCAGGUACGGCUCCCCUGGGGAACUUGGUAAGUCCAUAAAUAGCUCUGCUGACACAAAGGAGCUCUGUCUGGGGAAGGCAGGCGCUUGACACGGCCGCCAGGAGCUGCCACAGCCACGGCUGCCUGCCCGCCUGCCCGCCUGCCUGCAGGAGGAGCCGGGUGGAGACCUGGGCAGGCGGGCUGGCAGGAGAGCAAUCCACGAGUUACCCGGGUCCCUGCCGGAGUGUACCGGGUAGGUGACUUGGUGACAGGGGUGUGUGUGUGGUAGGCGGGAGACUCUUGUCCAAGCCACCUUGUGCCCCUGUUUCUAUUGUUUCUUCCCCAGGGCAGCCAUUGAUAGGCAUGUUGCAAUCAAACCGUUUGUGUUCUGCUCUGAGAUAGCUUUGUGUGUGUGUGUUUGUGUGUCUGUCUGUCUAUCUCAGGGGGUGGGGGCCCCGCAGGGCUUCCACUCUUUACUGCUUCCACUUCUAGGCUGACCAGCCGGGCUUUUCUUUCUCAAAGAGACAUGGAAUGUUUGGUGACCGGCAAGUCAGGACACUGCACGGGGAAAGGGACACUGAGCCAGCAGUUGAGGGGAUUGUGUCAGGGAUGCUGGCCAGGCACCAGGUGCUGGGGAUGGCAGCUCUUGCCUAGGUCCACUGGCAGGGAAGGAGGUGGUCUUGGGGGCUGGUCUCAGGGUGUUGCCUCAGAUCCUGAGACUUCUGCAGAAAUGUCUGUUGGAAGAACAAGAAGGGGGUGAUCUGCCUUGAAGCUCACAGCUCUUUGGGGAAGGUCUUGCACCUGCUUGCUUAGCUCCAGCUGAGCUCUGUAAGGAAAAGGGGGUAGGUGAUUAGGGACCUGCUGACCCCACAGCACCAGCCGCUGUGAACUGACAGGGGCCAUUUCUUUUCUUGAUUUGAAGGUUCCACGUCCCUUCUCUUGCUCUGAGGUCUCCAGGAAGAACCCUUAAGCCCUAGGACUUCAGGGCUGGAGGAAGAUCCGGGGCUCAGAGAGGGGAAGGCCUUGUCCAAGUUCACAUAACGGGUCUGUGGCUCAGCCAGAACCAGGAAGCAGGGCUUCUGCCUCCUGGAGCAGUGAGGACAGGACUCAUGGAGAGCUAUUACUCUGACCGGACCUGAGUAAUUCAGCUCUGAAUCUGGCAGUCCCGGUCUGGCUUGUUUCUAGCUUGGUGCAGGGCCACCAGGCCCCUCACUGACUCUCACAAACUUUCACAUCCUGCUGCCCUGAGGCAUGGUGGCUGAGUGCUACCUGGCUCCCCUCUUGGAAUGGCUGGAGGGGGUAAAUCUCCUCCUGGAAGGAACUCCAAAGCCUGCCCCACUGCCGCCCUGGGGAUUCCAGCCAGAGCACUGUGGCCAUCGUCAAAGUUUCCAUUGAGGCCCCUUGAGUCCUCUGCACCCAGCCAAGGGGCACCUCCCUCUUCCCUAGCCCUAGCACUCGGCAUGGCUUAGCCCAGGGCAGGCCCUCCAGGGAGCCAAGUUCUACAGCAGGGUUUGCUCCAAGUCCAGCCUGGCAUCUGAAGACAGGGUAGGGGAUGGUGAGUAUGGAGGCAGCUGAGGCUAGUGACCUCUUGUUGGGAAGUCUCCAGGGCUUCGAGCCACUUCUAUGAGGCUUCUGAUUAGAAGUCCUUGGUAUCAAUGAACCUACUGCACUUCCCAUCUUUCUUGCCUUGUAUAUGCUGUUCCUUCUGCCUGGAAAGCCUGUCUCUUCUCUCCCAGUCUUAAUUCUACCCAAACUUUGAAAGAGAAGCUAAUUCCUAUGUGGAAUCUGCUCAUUGGUGGUGGCACUUAUGGCGGUUGCUUCAUGCCCUAUUUAUGCAGGAUCUGGGCCUUUUCUUCCCCCGGCCUCAAGUGCCUGGCCUGGGUCCUGAUAGGAGAGGUGUGUUGAAUUGCCCUGGCUCUCUUUGAGGACAAGCAUUGAUGUCCAAGUAAGCUCUGUCUGCCCACCUCCUAGCUCUGUGCCUAGCACAGAGUGGGCACUGCCAACCGGAGGGCCUGGCGAGGAGUCCCUUUGAGGGAUGCCCUAGUAUCUGCAUGGCAGGGUUGCUUCCAUAAGGCCAAGGGGUUGGGGAGUGUAAUUUGACAGGAGAUGAGGCAGGCGAAGUGUUGGCCCUGAGGAGAGCCCACUCACGGGGUCAUGCUGGGCUGGGAGGUAUCCACACAAUGGACUGGGCCACAGAGGGUAGAGGGGGCAGGCCUGGCUGGUUCAAAUGAAAUGUUCGUGGUCUGUUGCACAGACUAAGGGGCUUGGAGCCCAGCUCCUUUGGCCCACCGGCGAGGUAUACUGAGAGGCGGUUUCUCAUCUAGUGAUCUUUCUGGCUCCCCCAGAAGAGACACAGCUGAGGAGGGAGUGCUUGUGCCCAACUGGGCCCCUGGGGGCCCUGAGAGCUGCUUCCCAUUUGGUCUCCGAAGGCCCUGGAGAUAGCUGAGCCCUUUUCCCUUCUGGGCAGAUAGGGGAUUGAGGCAGGAGAGGAAGGACUUGCCCAAAGGUACAUAUGACUUAACAGCAAAGCAGGGACAAGAGCCCAAGUCUCUGGCUGCCUAGUCCAGGGUCUCCACCACAACAACUGAACGGCUCAGAGUACCUGGGCUUCAUCGUGGUGAUCCCUCUUUUUCAGACUCCCCCAUGACACAUUCCUUUCUGGGACCCUUGGGGGUCCAGAGCUUACAUGCUGGAGCCCUGCCAUCUCUGUAAAAGCAGUGUAAAAGCUAAGAGAAAGCCCUUAGCCAGCAGGUGGGAGACCAAGGCACAUUCUAGCCCCAGCUCGCUGCAUGAUCUCAGACAAAGGUGCCUCUUUCUCGGACUCAGUGCCCUCUUUGGAGCAACCAGGGACUGGACCAGGUAUUGCCAGGCCCCUUCUAGCUGUCUGAGUCUCUGAGGUGUGGCAUUGCCUGCAGACCCUCUCCCCUUCCUGGGUUCUAGGUUAAGGCCAGGGGCUGGUUCAGUGAGGAAGCAGCCCCCAACCUGUUUCUCAGGCACUUUUGGUUAGAAGCCUUCUCAUGCAAGCAGGAGCCUAGGCUGAAGCUGAGAGGUUUGUUGUUGUUUGUGGAGCCAGGCCGUUUCCAAGAUGUCAUUGCUCAGGGAAAGCCAUCAUUCCUCCCAGGGAUAAACAAGGCUGCUUAUGGCUCAGCCUGCUAAGCUUGGAGAGGCUGGAGCCACUCAUAGCAGGCCAGCCAGGCUCAGCCCCAGGGAGCCACCUUCCCCUACCCAACCAGCUGCACCCAGGUGCCCUGGGGAGUGGGGCUGGUGCUAGAGCCAUGAGCCACCUGGGAGAGCAGAGCUUUCCACACAGAGGUGAGGGAGAAAGUCCCAGUAUACCCCCUUCCUACUGGCAGCGGGCUUGGGUCAUCAGUCCAGAUGUGUGGACAGCUGCCAGAUGUGCCCUCUGAUCCAGAUAGACCAGGGCUUUCCCUGUCCACAACAGGCCAGGCUUCUGGCACUGUGACUCCCAGGCUGCCGAGAACUGUCAGCAGCUCCCAACUUAGAAAGGGGGGGUGCGGUAAAUUAUUUGGAACUGGGCAUGCUUCUUACCGCAUGGCCAGGGCUCUCUGUAGUGUCCUCAGUUACCUCCUGGUGGAGUUAGCCUUUGGCUAACAGCAGAACCUCGAGCCCCCUGAACAGGGUGGUGGUGGAGGGGUCAUGAGGAGAGGCAGAGAAAGGGCUGGGUAGAACGUCUGGGGGCCAAAUAGCUGGCAGCAACAUUGGAGAAGGCUGGAGGCAGCUAGGGCAAGGACUACGGAAUGGAGGGUGGCGUGGCGGUGCCACCUCUCAAGUCUUAAGUGUUGUAACUGAUGUCCAGCAGGACACUAGAACCUUCACUGCUCAGACCUCCAUUAAUAGAGAUCUCAGUUAAUCAAACACUGACUCUGUACUUGUCCUUUCUGCCUCCCUCUCUUCCUUCCUUCCUUCCUUCUACAUGUGCUAUAUACCUGUCACGUGCCAUGCACUAUGGCAGGUACUAGAGGUAUAGAAAGGAGCCCUGGUGGGUGGUGCAAACGGUUAUGUGCUUGGCUGCCAACCAAAAGGUUGGCAGUUCGAACCCACCCAGAGUCUCCAUAGGAGAAAGAUGGGACGAUCUGCUUCUGUAAAGAUUACAGCCAAGAAAACCCUGUGGGGCAGUUCUACUCUGUCAACUCGAUGACAUCUAACAACAACAACAGAGGUGUAUAAGCCCCAUCUUAAUCUAGUGCCAGGGAUGGGCUUGUGACAGACAGUCACAACAGGGCUUUAAUGAGGAGGUACAGGGGGCUGUGGGGGCCCCAAGGAAGCAUCUGACGCCGCCUGGGAACCUCAGGGAGUGAGGCUGAAUCUUGUUACAUAGACACUUGUUCAUCAAGGAGCUGGCCUUUAUCCCAGUCUAUGCACCCCUCUAAGGUGUUGGUGUGACUCUUGCCUGGCCAUAGAAAUCACUUUUGUGAAUCCAGCCAUGCAUCGCUCCUUAUCCUAGGGGAGGCCAUAUAAUAUGUUGUGUCGGAGUGUGGGUUCUGGACUUGAGGGCAGACUCUACCACUUCAUAGUUGUGUGACCUUGGGCAAGACACUGAACCUCUCCACGCCUCCAUUCCCUCAGGUAACGGCCCAGCCUUCUAGGGUUAAAUGAGAUAGUACAUGCAAAGCACUUAGAAUUGCUUGAUGCAUAUCGACAUUGAAUCAUGCUACCAGUGGGAGUGCCAUGGGCACCUAUGGCAGAUUGUAAAUGAGAUGGUGCAGGUGAGGUGCUCGCCCAGGGUCUGACACAAAGUAGCCAUUCAGUAAAUGGGAGGUGGCGCAGUAGCCUCUUGCUGGGAGAACAGUUGGAAUAUUCUAUCAGAGAUGUGUACAAGGGGCAAGAAGCCACUACCCCAGCCCAGGGAGCAGAGAAGGAGACACUGGGUGAGGUUUUUGUUUGUUUGUUUUUUAAGUAAACUUUUAAAUUGAAGUAUAAGCAUACUUACAGAAAGAUUAUAAGUAUGCAGCUGAUAAAUUUUCAUAAAACGAACACACCCAUGUUACCACCACUCAGAUCAAGGAAUAGAACAUUCCAGUACCCCAGAAACCGCUCUUGUGCCCCCUUGCAGUCACCACUUCUGUUAUUGGUUGGUAUUGCCUGUUUUUGAACUUUCUAUAAAUGGAAUCAUUGAGUAGCAUGGAUGCUUUUAUGCUGACUUCUUUUAAUCAGCAUUUUGAUGGUGAGAUACAUCAGUAUCGUGUGAAGUUUUAUUUUGUUCAUUCUCAUUGCUGUACGGUAUUCCACUGUGUGAAUAGACAACAUUUAUCCAUUUUUACUGCUGAUGGACAGUUGAGUUGUUUCCAGUUCAUGGCUAUAAUGAGUAGUGCUGCUGUGAGCAUUCUUGUACCUGUCUUUUGAUGCACACGUACUUGCUUUUCUGUUGGGUAAAUAUCCAAGGUUUGAAAUUGCUGGGUCUUAGAGUUGUAUAUAAUUAGCUUUAAUAGAUGCAAUCAUAUAAUUUUCUGAAGUGUUAUACCAAUACACCGUCCUUCUUGCAGUGUAUGUCUGAGAGUACCUGUUGUUCCAUGUCCUCACCAAUAUCAUUGCUGUUAGAUACUGUGAUAUCUAAUUGUGGUUUUAAUUUGCAUCUCCUUGACGACUCAUGAGGCGUAACACCUUUUCAUAUGUUUAUUGGCCAUUUGGUUAUCCUCUUUUGUAAAGUGCCUAUUCAGUUCUUUUCCCUAUUUUUCUAUUGGAUUGUCUGUUUCUUAUUGAUUGUGGGAGUUUAAAUAAUAUUCUGGAUCUGUGUUCACUGUUGGAUAUACGCAUUGCGAAUAUCUCCUCCCACUCUGUGGCUUGCCUUUUCACUCUCUUAACGGUAUUUUUUGAAGAAUGGAAGUUCUUAGUUUUAGUGAAGCCCAAUUUGUCAAUCUUUUUCUCUAUAGAGAGUGCUUUUUGAGUCCUGUUUGUUUGCCUACUGCAAGGUUAUGGAUAUAUUUUCCUAUGUUACCUCCUAGAAGCUUUAUUGUUUUGUUUCAUAUUUAAAUCUCAACUUUACUUGAAAUUGAUUUUUAUGCAUCGUAUGAUAUGGAGGUUGAAGUUCAUUUCCUCCAGGUGAAUAUCCAAUUGAUGUAGCAGCAUUGAUCAAAAAGAGCAUACUUUCCCAUUGCAGUGCAGCAUCGCCUUUGUCUGAAAUCAAGCGGCCAUAAGGGGGUGGGCGAGUUGAGUUUUGAGGGAUGAGUAGAAGUUCUCCAGGUUGACAGGGAGGGGAGAGUAUUCCAGGCAGGCAGUACAGUGUGAGCAUAAGUUUAGUAGUAGCAUUAGUAGUACUUGGAAGUAGAGUGUAAUUGGGGAGCUACGAAUAGCUCAGGCUGGCUGGGGGGCAAAAGAGGAGAAAACAGUGUGGUAGAGAGAUUGGCAGGGGCAGAACGUGCAGGGUAAGGAUCUGGGACUUUAACUCCAAGGCAUGGAGGGGUUUUGAACAGGAGAAGAAUGGAGUCAGAUUUGUGCAGUGCCAAGGGUGAUGGAAGAAAGUUCCAUGACAAGAGAAUGACAGGAGGAUGAAUGACAGGAAGAUGACUGUAAACCCAGCCUUGACACCACCCUUCAGCAGAGAAAGAACAUCUGUUUUAGGAGGCAGCAGUGGAGGCAGGGGCCAGCCAGGGGCUUUGCAGGGUGAGCUUUCACCUUAGGGUUGCCGCUGAGUGCAGUGACCAGAUGUCUGCUGGUGCCCUCAAGUGGAAGAGCCUCCUCUCUGCUGCCUCCGCCCCCUAUGCCCACACCACUGCAGGCCCUGAAGGAGGAGGGAUUUUAGGAACUGGGGCAGGGAGAAAGGAGCCCUGGUGGUGCAGUGGUUAAAGCACUCAGCUGCUCUGUGGGAGAAAGAGUGGCAGUGUGCUUCCAUAAAGAUUAUAGCCUUGGAAACCCUAUGAGGCAGUUCUACUCUGCUCUAUAGGGUCGUGAUGAGUCAAAAUCAACUCGAUAGCGAUGGGUUUGGUUUUUGGUUUUGAUUGGGGCGGACAGGCCAGGCAGGGAUAUGUCUGGAAAGGGGAGUCUUUCUGCUUCUUCUGUCCUUGAUGUAUGCACUAGGAAACCUGGCCAGGCCUUGGGCCCUGGACUCUGACCCUUCCAGGCUUGCUGAGAUUCAGAGCUGGAUGACCCCUGCCAGGAGAGUGAGGCCCAGAGAGGGGAUUGACUUGGCUGUGGCCACAUGGUGAGCCAGACUGAUUCAGCCAAGGGGGAGUAUGAAUGCAGACUCUGUCUACCUCUCCAGCCUCCAGGGCCUUUGGUGUGGGCCUCCCCUGAAGGACGCAGGUAAUAGUACGCCCACCCUAGGCUGUUGUAGGGUUAGAGCACGUCGAGUGCCUAGUCAAGAGUCGAAGCAGGAGAGGGGCUGAUGGUGGUGAUGAUGAUAAUGAGAAUCAUAAUUACAGGAACUGCAGAUGUUUAUUGAGCACCUACUGUGUGCCAGGCCCUGUGUUAAGCUCUUUACGUGGACUAUCUCCCAACAAUGCCGUGAAGUAAAUACUCAGAAUUUAUACCAUUUUACAGAUGAGGGGAUUGAGGUAGCCUGUCCAAAGACACUGAGCUAAGAGAUGGCAGAGCCAGGAUUUGAACUGAGAUUUGUCCUUCUCCAGACCCCGGCUCUUUAUCAUCAACAGGCUCCCCCUGUGGUGUAGUACAGGCGAGUGCAGGUGUAGUGUACUAACACCCUGACUGGUAAAGUGCUCCCUAUUCUCUGAGCUAGCCCUUGGAGUUAAGUCUUAGUUUCAGGGUUGGUCCCUGGAUU